AUGCCAGCCUCUAACGGAAAGAAAAUUGAUAUGCACGUCCAUUAUUUACCUUCCUACCUACCUGAUUGGAAGGAAGAGUUCGGAUAUGGAGGAUUUGUUACUUUGGAACAUGAUCCGGUGAAUAAAGGAAAAGCAAACAUGAUGAAAGAUGGACAAUUCUUUAGAGCCGUUGAACAAAAUUGUUGGGAUAUGGAAGCUCGGUUGGAGGAUAUGAAGAAGACCGGAGUUACUGCGCAAGUAUUGAGUACUGUGCCUGUGAUGUUUAAUUAUUGGGCAAAACCAAAUGAUGCUUUAAAAACAUCUAUUUAUCUGAAUGAUGAUAUUGCCAAUGUGUGUAACAAGUAUGAGGAUUACUUUUUAGGAUUGGGUACAAUUCCAAUGCAAGCUCCAGAGUUAGCUUGUAAAGAAAUUAGACGAUGUAUGGAAGAAUUACACUUGUCAGGAAUUCAAAUUGGAUCUCAUAUCAAUAACUAUUGUUUGGAUGAUCCUUCCCUGUUCCCUAUUUUUGAAACAGCAGCUGAAUUAAACUGUCCCAUCAUGAUUCAUCCAUGGCAAAUGAUUGGUUCAGAGUUGAUGAAGAAAUAUUGGUUACCAUGGCUUGUAGGUAUGCCAGCCGAAACUACUCUUGCAUUGUGCAGUUUAAUAUUUGGAGGUGUUUUAGAGAGACUUCCAAACUUGAAGAUUUGUUUCAGUCACGGUGCUGGAGCCUUCCCUUACACUGUGGGACGAAUUGAACACGGCUUUAAUGUGAGACCAGACUUAUGUCAAGUCGAUUGUAAGGUAAAUCCAAGAGAAUUCUUGGGAAGAAUAUGGGCAGAUACAAUUACACACGAUCAAGAUGCUCUUAAUUUACUUGUUAAAGUUUUUGGAGACAAUAGAGUGAUGUUAGGAAGUGACUAUCCUUUCCCUCUUGGUGAACAUCACCCAGGAAAGCUUGUGGAAGAAUCAACAACACUCUCGGAAGAACAAAAAGACAAGUUAUUGUACUACAAUGUCAAAGAAUUUUUGGAUAUUCCAAAAGACAGGUUUUAA